UCAUACGCACUUUCUAUACCGCUCGUCCUGAGUUGCAACUAGCUAAAAACUAAUAAUAGCGGCAGCAACCUUAAAAGUAAUUGUAUUGUUUUGUAGUAAUUCGGCUAUAAAUGUAAGUAUACAUUAAGUAGAUAGUAGUUGUUUACUUAGAAGAUUUUUUUUUAAAUUUGGUCAGUUUCAUCGAUUGUUAUCGUUCAACUUCAGCCAACACGAUGGACGCUAAAUCGGUUAAGGUGAUUAACCCUCUGCCAGGACAGUCGGUCCAAACUAGGCAGUGGAUGAAAGGUAUGAUCCAGUCCCUGCAGCUGCAGGUCCAGUUUUUCCACAGCAAAGCAGUUGAACUGUACUAUCAUAUUAUCAAAAGUCACGUGACAGGAGAAAGUGGACUUGUGGCAGCCUCAGUGAGGAGUUUCAUCUACGCCUGUCAGCCUUUCUUUAAUUUCCUGGAAUCCACAGCCCGGAAUAAGCUGUUACCUUAUGACAUCAUGCAUGUGCAGCUGUUGCAGAUCUCUCAGCAGCUGUGUGACGCUUUGGAACAUCUGGUGUUGAGCUUGGCCAGCCACAGUCUUCUCAGUUUGGAAGAAAUUGAGCCCGAUAAUCUUUCUCACUUCUGCAUCGGCCAAACUCGGCUGGGCCAACGAAGGCUGACCAUGUUCCUCUACUGUAAGCCAGCACCGUACCUGGCGGGGGUCGCCACCGGCCUGUUCAAACGCAUGCGAUGGAACGUGGAGAGAACCGCUUACAGUGCCGAGAAGGACCCUGAGACAGAGUACUACUUCCUGUGCUACGAGGACAUUCCCAACCCAUACGCAGACUUGGGUGUAGACGUGGUCAGCUGUGAUUCCAGUGUGUUGCGGAUGUGGUCCAUUGGUCAGUGGGUGCAGGUGAAGCCUGAUGUCAACACAGAGGACAUCUCUGACUGGAUCACAUGUGAUGUUCCUCAAGCUGCCUUCAACAAGUUGUUGUUUCUGGGCAGCAAAGAGCCAUCGAGCUGCAUAGCCACAGAUCACCUGAUGCAGAUGCUCAUGUCCCAGCAGGAUGAGUAAAACCCACGCUGUUAUUUUGCACUGAAUCGGCACACCCUGCUUCGUGAUACGGGCCCUGUCCCAGUGGUUGCCUUGUGCCUGUUUUAACUAUACCAACGUUGCCUUUUAAGUGUUGUGUGUUUUCGGACAAACUUUGUUCACUCUUUAAGCCAGUUGGAUUUACCAAAUGAUUUUUUUUUUCAUGCCACAAUCUCGUGGUUUGUUCCAUUUGCAAGCAUUUGUCGUAUAGAAAAUUAGUAUAGUAUGUGUGUAAAUUAUUCAUAUUUGUUUUAUUGUCCUCAAUGUUUCAAAAUGUAACUACUCAUUUUCUAAGGGUUUGUAAA